GGCAGCAACGCGGAAGCGGAGGAACAGCCUCCACGUCAUUGGAGGUGCACUACUGCGACCAAACCAUGGGGUUUGCCGUGGGAAACUGACAUGUAACUGACCCUGCCAGCCACUGAGCCGUAGUAGUGUUGGACCUCGCAGGCAAACAGAACAGCGACGGGUUCCGGAAAUUGUUUUCUUCAGAUUGACAGCGUUGGUGCUUAUCCCUGAUGGGUGAAUCAGGGCCACGCCGCUCCACCCUGGUCUCCAGGUUGCCCAUCUUCAGACGCAGUGUAAGGAAAAGGCAGGACUCUCUACCAUCCUCUCCCUCCUCUGGUGGUGUAGGCAAUGGUGUCCACACUUCUUCUCCCUCAAGCACCAACUCGAGCUCCAGCAGCACGGGAAAGCGGCGCAGCCUUUUCCGAACACCGUCUAUCAGCUUUCAUGGCAAGAGGAGCAGCGAGUUGCGUGCCGAUUCCAACCAGCUCGGCGCAGACAAUCGGAGCCGGCUGUCCGAGCCGAGCUUCAGUGACGGUUGCAACCACAAGGCACGGCACUCAUUUGGAUUCGGCGGACACAAGAAGAAGCUCAGCCGCUCGCAGACCGAGGACUUCGAGAAAGCCCCCACUAACCGCAAUGUUUUCAUCAACUGCAUUAGCUCAAGGACGAAUGAGGGAGAUGAUUCAGGUUUCCUGGAUGAUGUCAGCAGCAAGAGAUCUUCCAAAGCCAAAAAGCUGCUGCCAAAGUCCUUUUCAGCCCACCAUCGGUUUUCCAAGAACUCCCCUAACCAGGUUGAACAGAGUCAAGGCAAGGAUGAUGCCCCCAAGACAGGAACUCCAGGUUCCUGGCCUGGCGAACUUGCAGAGAGCUCGCUACAAUCCCCCAUCGUUUCCGAGGACCGCACAACAGCCAUUACACCCUCAGACUUUGUCCAUGUCACUGAGGACACUGUCUCUGAAGUGGAUGCUCUGCCUGUUCCGAGUCCAGCUGAAGUCCCCCCUGAGAACAUCAGCCAAGGUGUUUCUACCUCACAGACAUGCGCCAAUCCAGAUCAGUGCGCUAUGGAGAAGCCUAUACUGCCAGAUAUGAGCCAGACUGCCAAUACACAGUGUGAGAGUACCACUGUUCAAACAGAACCAGAAACACUGAACACAGCUGAGGAGCAGCACCAGGAUCAAAUCGAGGCCAGUGAGAAUGAACUGAACCCAGAGCUGAGUGAAGAGAGCAGCUCCAAUGCAGAGCCCAGAGAAAGACCACACCGAAAUACCACGCUGGUCCAGCAGCUAGGAAGAUCAGCAGGUCAGGGCAAACUGGAGAGCAGGCCAAGCUAUUUGAGGAAACCUCACACAGUGUCCAUGUGUAGUAGUAUGAGCCCACGCCGCGAGGUGAUACGUUUGGAGAGGAGGCUACGCUCGGCUUCAGAGGGAGCCGGCGGACCAAGACUUCACCUCAACCUUAAAGAGCAUACCUGCAUGGAGACAAGCAUGCUGGCCAAACACAGAACCAAUUCCUCGUCCUCUAAACUGGGCAGUCUGGAUGUUUUGAACAAUCUUGGCUCGUCUGAGCUAGAUGAGGAUGAUCUAAUGCUGGAUCUGGAGCUCUCAGAUGACCAGAGACAUCGACAUGCUUCUCAGGAAGACUCCAGCCAAUCUCUUGCCUCCUGUCUGAACUUGCUGCCAUCCCCCAUGGAUCUGCCUACAGACCAGAACACUGCCAAGGAGUGCAGAGAUAACAACAGGGAGCCACGGCCAGUGUCUCUCUGUGUGUCCUGUGAUGAUGAGCUGUUCUCUGGGCUAGAGACCUUGCCCUUCAGGCUGAUGCAGCAGGACUGCACGGCCAUGAAAACGCUCCUGCUGCGUCUUCGUAGGGUUUUGCAGGAGAGCACUGAGCCCAGCCCUGCCAGCAGCAUACACUCUUUACCCAUAAGCCCUUGCAGUGAGAAGUCACCAGCUUUCAAGGAUCCCGGGCGAGAUGAGAGCCAGUCCCUGCAGCAGCAGCUGAAAGAGAGAGAUGAGUUGAUCCUGCUUCUGCAGACUGAGCUGGAAGCUGCCCGUUCUGCACAGAAACCCCUUUGCCAAAAAACUGACAAAACAACCCAGACUGAUCCCCCAGCCCCAGAGGCUGUCCAUCCAAGUCGAGCCAUAGGCAACAGCAGCAUCAGCAGUCUUCCAAGGGAGCGAAGGGCAGCCCGAUUGUCCAGUUGGGGAGAAGAGCGCCAUAGUGGAGGAAUAGGUACUCGGGAUCCUGCUGCAGUCCAAAGGAGAUCUGAACAAACAUACUCGUCAUCAUCUGAGGCAACUACACCGCGAAAGCUAGAGCAUCUGGGUCCCUCUCAGAUUCCUCGCGCCAUGGUGAGCGGCAGCUCUUGCAGCCUCUCCUCAGACAGCGAGAGACUCGCCAUGCCAAGGCCACACUCGUCAUUCAGCGGGCGUCUGGGCCAGCCGCCACGUGGCCCGCUCUCUCUGCACAUGUACAGCCGCAAGAACGUCUUCCUCCAGCACUCCCUCUACACGACUGAACU